GCGCUGCUCGCCCAGUCCAGGGGCCCGAGCCCGCUCCCAGCCCGAGCUGCGCACUGGCCAGGCCAGGCAAGUGCCCUGGGCUUGGCAUGACGACCCCGGGGCGCCGAGGGCGGGGCUGAAGCCCAGUGCGGUGGUGGAGGGCGGACAGAAUGACGGAGAACAUGAAGGAGUGCCUGUCGCAGACCAAGGCUGCGGUGGGGGACAUGGUGACGGUGGUGAAGACAGAGGUCUGCUCCCCACUCCUCGACCAGCAGUAUGGCCAGCCCUGCUCUAGGAGACCAGACCCAUCCGCCAUGGACGUCGAGCCCAAGAAACUGAAGGGGAAGCGUGACCUCAUCAUGCCCAAGAGCUUCCAGCAAGUGGAUUUCUGGUUCUGUGAGUCCUGCCAGGAGUACUUUGUGGAUGAGUGCCCAAACCAUGGCCCCCCGGUGUUUGUGUCGGAUACCCCGGUGCCCAUGGGCAUCCCAGACCGGGCGGCCCUCACCAUCCCCCAGGGCAUGGAGGUGGUCAAGGAGGCCAGUGGCGAGAACGACGUGCGGUGCAUCAGCGAGGUCAUCCCCAAGGGGCACAUCUUCGGCCCGUACGAGGGACAGAUCUCCACGCAGGACAAGUCGGCUGGCUUCUUCUCCUGGCUGAUCGUGGACAAGAACAACCGCUACAAGUCCAUAGAUGGGUCAGACGAGACUAAAGCCAACUGGAUGAGGUACGUGGUCAUCUGCCGAGAGGAGAGGGAGCAGAACCUGCUGGCGUUCCAACACAGCGAGCACAUCUACUUCCGAGCAUGCAGGGACAUCCGGCCCGGGGAGCGGCUGCGGGUCUGGUACGGCCAGGACUACAUGAAGCGUCUGCACAGCAUGUCCCAGGAGACCAUCCACCGCAACCUGACCCGAGGAGAGAAGAGGUUGCAGAGGGAGAAGUCUGAGCAGGCUCUGGAGAGCCCAGAAGACCUGAGGGGCUCCAUGCAGCUCCCCAUGUUGAGACAGGGCAAGAGUCCCUACAAGCGUGGUUUUGACGAAGGGGACACGCCCCCCCAGGCCAAGAAGAAGAAAAUUGACCUCAUCUUCAAGGACGUACUGGAGGCCUCCUUGGAAUCGGCCAAGGUCGAAGCCCACCAGUUGGCCCUGAGCACCUCCCUGGUCAUCCGGAAGGUUCCCAAGUACCAGGACGAUGCCUACCAUCGGUGUGCGUCGACCGCGUCCCAUGGCGCCCAGAACGUCAGCCGGACCCAGGGGGAAGGGGCCUGGACGCUCCCCCAGGGGGCUUGCAAGGAACCAGGCCCCCUGGGGGAGGAAGAGGAGGAGCCUUCAUCAUUCAAGGCCGACAGUCCCGCCGAGGCCUCCCUGGCAUCUGACCCGCAGGAGCUCCCCACCACCUCCUUCUGCCCCAACUGUAUCCGCCUCAAGAAGAAGGUGCGGGAACUCCAGGCAGAACUAGACAUGCUUAAGUCCCGGAAGCUCCCAGAGCCCCCUGUAUUGCCACCCCAGGUACUGGAGUUCCCAGAAUUCUCAGACCCGGCAGCCUCUGAGAGCAUGGUGUCCGGGCCCGCCAUCACGGAGGACGAGGACCAGGAGGUGGAUUCGGCCGACGAGUCCGUCUCCAACGACCUGCUGGCGUCGGCCGAUGAGCCCUCCAAGCUGUCCUCGGCCGGCGGCCGCAGGAUCCGGCGCUUCAAGCAGGAGUGGCUGAAGAAGUUCUGGUUCCUGCGCUACUCGCCGACGCUCAACGAGAUGUGGUGCCACGUGUGCCGGCAGUACACGGUGCAGUCCUCCCGGACAUCGGCAUUCAUCAUCGGCUCCAAGCAGUUCAAGAUUCACACCAUCAAGCUGCACAGCCAGAGCAACCUGCACAAGAAGUGCCUGCAGCUCUACAAGCUGCGCAUGCACCCCGAGAAGACCGAGGAGAUGUGCCGCAACAUGACGCUGCUCUUCAACACCGCCUACCACCUGGCCCUCGAGGGCAGGCCCUACCUGGACUUCCGGCCCCUGGCCGAGCUGCUGAGGAAGUGCGAGCUCAAGGUGGUGGACCAGUACAUGAACGAGGGGGACUGUCAGAUCCUCACCCACCACAUCGCCCGGGCGCUGCGGGAAGACCUGGUGGAGCGCCUGCGCCAGUCACCCUGCCUCAGCAUCAUCCUGGACGGCCAGAGCGAGGACCUGCUGGCCGACACCGUGGCCGUCUAUGUGCAGUACACGAGCAGCGACGGGCCGCCGGCCACCGAGUUCCUGUCCCUGCAGGAGCUCGGCUUCUCCGGCUCGGAGAGCUACCUGCAGGCGCUGGACCGGGCCUUCUCCACCCUGGGCAUCCGCCUGCCGGACGAGAAGCCCACCGUCGGCCUGGGAGUGGACGGGGCCCAUGUCACGGCCGGCCUGCGCGCCAGCCUGUUCAUGACCAUCCGCAAGACGCUGCCCUGGCUGCUGUGCCUGCCCUUCAUGGUGCACCGGCCUCACCUGGAGGUGCUGGACGCCAUCAGCGGGAAGGAGCUGCCGUGCUUGGAGGAGCUGGAGAACAACCUGAAGCAGCUGCUGAGCUUCUACCGCUACUCGCCCCGCCUGCUGGGGGAGCUGCGAGCCACUGCCUCCACCCUCUGCGAGGAGACCGAGUUCCUGGGGGACAUCCGGGCCGUGAAGUGGAUCAUCGGCGAGCAGAACGUCCUCAACGCCCUCAUCAAGGACUACCUGGAGGUGGUGGCCCACCUCAGGGACAUCAGCAGCCAGACCCAGCGGGCGGAUGCCUCAGCCAUCGCCCUGGCCCUGCUGCAGUUCCUCAUGGACUACCAGUCCAUUAAGCUCAUCUACUUCCUGCUGGACGUGACCGCCGUGCUCUCCCGCCUGGCCUACGUCUUCCAGGGUGAGUACCUGCUGGUGUCCCAGGUGGACGACAGGAUCGAGGAGGCCAUCCAGGAGGUCAGCCGGCUGGCCGACUCCCCGGGCGAGUACCUGCAGGAGUUUGAGGAGAACUUCCGCGAGAGCUUCAACGGCAUCGCCACCAAGAACCUGCGGGUGGCCGAGGCCAAGUUCCAGUCUAUCCGGGAGAAGAUCUGCCAGAAGACCCAGGUGAUCCUGGCCCAGCGGUUUGACUCCCGCAGCCGGGUCUUCGUGAAGGCCUGCCAGGUGUUCGACCUGGCUGCCUGGCCCAGGAGCAGCGAGGAGCUCGUGAGUUAUGGCAGGGAGGACGUGGUCCAGAUCCUCGACCACUUGCAGGCCAUCCCCGCCUUUUCCCGGGACAUGUGCCGGGAGGGACUGGACCCCCGGGGGAGCCUGCUCAUGGAGUGGGGGGAACUCAAGGCGGAUUACUACACCAAAAACGGUUUCAAGGACCUGAUCGGCCACAUCUGCAAAUACAGGCAGAGGUUUCCGAUCCUGAACAAGAUCACCCAGGUCCUGAAAGUCCUCCCCACGUCCACCGCCUGUUGCGAGAAGGGCCGCAGCGCCCUCCAGCGGGUGCGCAAACACCACCGCUCCCGCCUGACCCUGGAGCAGCUCAGCGACUUGCUGACCAUCGCCGUCAACGGGCCGCCCAUCGCCAGUUUCGACGCCAAGCGAGCCUUGGACAGCUGGUUCGAGGAGAAGUCUGGUAACAGCUACACGCUCUCCACCGAGGUCCUCAGCAGAAUGACCGCCCUGGAGCCGAAGCCGGCGCUCCAGGCCGCGGACCAGGGCCCCGAGUUUUACCCCGACAUCUAGGGCGCACGCGCAGCAUGCCCCAGGGGCCGCUGAGUAUUUUUUUUAACCUACACUCCUAAGCUUUGAUAUAUUCUAUAAAUAUAAAUAUUAUAUAAAGACAUAUACAAAUAUCGACGCACACGUACACAUCCCCACUGAAAAUUAUUUUUAAACAGCGAGGCGGCUCACCUCCGUCCAUGCAACUGGGAGCUUUCAGAAAGGAAGGUCGUGGAAGCAAGCUCCCAUCCACACAUCCCAGGCAGCUUCGACACAGGCGGCCACAGCCUGGGGCCACGCGAGCAUCCCCACCCGGCAGCCAAGCGACCGCAGCAUCAGCUAACAUGGCAGGUGUCUGAGGUCACCUCUCUGUAGUGGCUCUCUUGUUCCUGUGGACGUGCAGGGUGGUGGUAGCGGUGGUAGUUGUUACGUUCUUGCCUUUGGUUUGGCUGUCUGGUUUCGUGGCGGUGGAGGGAGUACUUCGUGGCCGCUCCACCAGCCGUGUGGCGGAGCUCCGUCAGCUGUUUGCUGGGAGCCAGGGUGGGUGGCCUUCUUGGGUGGGGGUGUUCAGCUUGAGCCAGGGUUCCUUCUCUGUCUUAGAAAUGACCCUCAACCAAACUGUGACCCCAUUACUCUCCAACUCGGUCCCCUCUCCCUUCCCUAGGCGAUCAGUCCCCUCCUUCCCGCUCCCCACCACAUACAGCCUGUGAUACCGAAGGCUGAUUUGCUAUGGCGCUGAGCUGGAAACCCCACCACCACCACCCCACCCCCCCAGGGAGGAGAAAGGAGUGAGCUUCGUGCAUUCCCCUUUUGGUUUGCUUCCAUCCUUCUUUUUGUCUUUUUGGUGAGGGGAAGGGGGAGUAGGGAAGGAGAAAAAAGGCAUUGAGACCCAGGCCUGUUGGGGACAUGAAGUGGCAAGAAACUCAGCUCCCAAGAGCUCAGUGAUUUGGGGCUUAAAAAAAAGAAAAGGAAAAAAGGUUAGACGAGAAGUAUAUACCCAAUUUACAUGACUUAUUUAUAUUCUAUCUUUAUAAUCAUAUCUUGUGUUGGGGGUGGUGGUCAUGUUUCCUUCAGUAAUCGAGAUGCGGCCUGCGAUCGUUCCGGGGUAGGCAGGUGUCCCAGCAAGCUGGGACUGGGGGGAUGUGUCCCUGGAGUGAGAGUCUCUAGGUUGUAGAGGCCGACACACAGUCUGCAGCCUGUCAGGAAGGCUGUAGAAGCUAGGUGCAGUGUCUUUGUGCCCGGGAGCACGGGCUUCUUGUGUUGAACAGGGUAGAGACAUCCUAAAGGGCAGAAGAAAAACAAGACAGGUUAAAGGGGACUUUCAAGGCAUGAGCUUGCACACGCACACACAUACCCAGACACAAAACCAUGAUAUAAGCUUUAGAAAUAGCUACUUGUCUGCUCCCUGGGCCAAGUAGCGGUUUAAAGGAGUAUGCUCAGCACUCUUUGGUUCAUCUGUCUACCGGUAUACCUCACAGGGGAGUUUUAAACACACACACACACACACACACACACACACACACACACACACACACACGUGAGCUGUUAACAAAACAAAAACUGUACCUGUUUCUACAUUUGGUCUAUGCAUCUUUUCUGUGCAGACAGCGUGGAACAUGGCUACAA